UCUGCAGCUGGGUAUGGACGGGUCUUCCUCUCAGUCCAGGAGCGCCGCUGGGAGCAGAAGAUCUGCAGGAAUGGAGCCGCUGGUUGCUGCCAUUGACCAGGGAACCAGCUCCACCAGGUUUCUGGUUUUCAACACAGAAACAGCUCAGGUGAUCAGUUACCACCAAGUGGAGCUCAAGCAGCACUUCCCAAAGGAAGGAUGGGUGGAGGCAGACCCCAUGGAGAUCCUGCAGUCUGUCCAUGAAUGCGUGGAGAAGACGUGCCAGAAACUGAGGCAGCUCAACGUGGACCUGCCCAACAUCAAAGCUGUGGGAGUGACCAAUCAGAGAGAGACCACCCUGGUUUGGGACAAAGAGACUGGAGAACCGCUCUACAACGCCAUUGUCUGGUUGGACCUGAGGACUCAGUCCACAGUAGAGAAACUCAUCAGCAAAACUCCAGGCAGGAGCAAGAACCACCUGAAGGAUAAAACCGGACUUCCCAUCAGUACCUACUUCAGCGCCGUCAAGCUGCGCUGGCUGCUGGACAACGUGGCGGAGAUCGGUGAGGCGGUGCUGAGUAAACGCGCCAUGUUUGGGACGGUGGACUCAUGGAUCAUCUGGUGUCUGACCGGAGGCAGAGACGGAGGCGUCCACAUCACAGACGUUUCCAACGCCAGCCGGACCAUGCUCUUCAACAUCCACACCAUGGACUGGGAUCCGGACCUCUGCAGUUUCUUUGACAUCCCGAUGGAGAUCCUGCCCCUAGUCAGAAGCUCCUCUGAGAUCUAUGGCCACAUGAAAUCCGGCUCGCUUGCAGGAGUUCCGAUCUCUGGGUGUCUGGGAGACCAGUCGGCCGCUCUGGUUGGUCAGAUGUGCUUCCAGGAGGGACAGGCCAAAAACACGUACGGGACUGGAUGCUUCCUGCUCUUGAACACAGGAACAAAGCCAGUGAUAUCCGACCACGGCCUGCUCACCACGGUGGCCUACAAACUGGGGAAGGACAAAGCUGCCUGUUAUGCACUAGAGGGAUCCGUCGCCAUAGCAGGGGCAGUGGUUCGCUGGCUGAAGGACAACAUGGGCAUCGUGCAGUCCUCCUCAGAGAUCGAGCAGUUAGCAGCUAAGGCAGGAACGUCCUACGGCUGCUACUUCGUUCCAGCUUUCUCCGGCCUUUACGCGCCGUACUGGGAGCCCAGUGCCAGAGGCAUCAUCUGCGGCCUCACACAGUUCACCAACAGGAAUCACCUGGCCUUCGCUGCGCUGGAGGCCGUCUGCUUCCAGACCAGAGAGAUCCUCGAUGCGAUGAACCAAGAUAGCUGCAUCCCCCUGUCAGUGCUGGGCGUGGAUGGAGGCAUGACGGCCAACAGGUUACUGAUGCAGCUGCAGGCUGACAUCCUCGGCAUUCCUGUCGUGCGGCCCGCCAUGUCAGAGACCACCGCUCUGGGAGCAGCCAUGGCAGCCGGAGCCGCUCAGGGGGUGGACGUCUGGAAUCUGAGUCCAGCUCAUCUUCCAAAAGUCACAUCUGAGAGGUUCGAACCUCAGAUCAACAUAGAAGAGAGCGAGUUCCGCUUCGCUCGCUGGAAGAAGGCCGUCCAGAAGGCCAUGAACUGGGAGACCACAGAGACCAGCAGUACCAGUACUGGUUCAGGGAAGAGGAACGGACCCCCCCGCUGGGUCCCUCCCACCCCGGUCCCCAUCAGAGUGGACCCCUAA